AUGUCAUUUCACUAUGAAAAGUCGUAUCUAGUGGACAGCAGACUGGAGAGCCUCGAGAACCUCGAUUUCGACGGCGGCCUCGGCAGCAACCGACUCAUCGGCAGAGGAAGCGUUUUUGUUGGCCUCAGCGAGUUGUGUUUUGAUGCUUUCGGAGGAGAAGGCGUCCAAUGGGAAAACCUCGACGGUGGAGACGUUCAACUUGGAGCCUGGGAGGAUGCUGGCAAAGCCUCCAGAGAUGAAAUAUUUGGAGGUGGUUCCGCUGGACUCGAUGACCUCGACAACACCAGGGGCCAAUUCUUCAACAAAUGGAACGUGGUUGGCGAGCACACCCAAUUCUCCCGACACAGCAGGCAGAUUGACCUGGGCAACUUCUUUGUGGGUGAAGAUGGCCUGUUUGUUAGCGGCGAUGAUAUCGGACAUGUAUACUUACUUCGUGAGGGGCCACAAGGGACAGCUUCAAAACGUCAGGGUUGA